UGAAGGCGUACAAUAGUCAAAAUGUUGCGAUAUAUCGGAAUUGUGGUGGUUCUAAGUGUCACGGUGCUGAAAAGUUCUGUAGGGUACAGUUUGUAUCCCGGGAUAUUUGAUCCCAAUCCAUUCAUUCCGAAGAUGAAUCCACAAGUGUUGAAAGUUACUUCCAGUGCUUUGAAAGGUCCGGUGUAUGGACAUGAUACUUCGGAUGGUGCGAAAGAUGAUGAAGUCGGUUACGUUAAAUCGGAUAGAGUGAAAGGGCAAGGGGGAUUCCACCACGUGGAGACAUUUCAUACCAAAGAUGGGGAUGAUUACGAGCAUGAGUAUGAAAGUGGAAAUGGAGAAUCGAAAGAUGAUGCCGAUCAUGGAAUUCAACAAGAAUCAAGCUAUCGCAAACGAGAUAAUGAGAAUGAUUUGAAAAAUCAUGACACCAAUUACGAAGUGAUCGAAGAGCAAAGCAAUGAUCAUAAAAAUCCCAACCAUCAAGCGACUUACGGAGUGAAACCAAUCCAGCCAACUAAACGGCCGGCUACUCCAGAGUUUGGCAGUAAACUAGCUCUUCCAAAGAAAACGAUGCUGAAACACAACCACAAUGGUUAUGAAACAGUGGUUUACCAUGGACAAGAGCAAGAGAGUUCUGAGAAAGGUUAUGGAAGAAGGAACCAUCAGAAUGGGCUACCGAAGGAGGAAACCAUCGAACAGAAAAUUGAUGACUCGGAUGAAGAACAGGAACAAGAAGAAGGAGAAGAAGAAAGAGAUGAAGACGAUGAAAAGGACAAUCAAAAGCAUGAAAGCGACAGGAACUCUGGCCAAACAAAGUUUGGUCAUAACUAUAAUGGUUUCAAAUAUGAUGCAGACUUUGGAGAUUUUUCGAAAAACUUCAAUGACGAUGCCAAGCGAGACCAGAGUGGAGAUCAGAACAGCUGGAAGGAUAGCAGAAGUGGUGUCAGACAAAAUCGUGAUGAUUACGACGAUGAAGUCGACCAGGAUGAACAUGAUGAGGAAGCAGAUGAAGAUCGCUAUCAAGGUGGCGAAUACGAUGAAGACGACGAUGAAAGCGGCCAAAAGCAACGUCCGUAUGGAAACAGUAACGAUGCGGAGUAUGAUAAUUAAUUUUAAUUUAAUCUUGUUAAGUUUACUUUUAAUCAUUUGUUAUAUGUUAUGAAGGAACUAUUUUUAUCUUACGCUCUCAUAUUCAUAUUACCUCGAAAUGAAUAAUAAUAAAUUUAAAUCAUCAGAAGAUAGUGCAGUAGUAAGUAUUAGUGAAUAUUUUAUGUGCUCCCAGAAGUAGUGAGUUAA